GGGGGGGGGGGGGGGGGGGGGGGGGGGGGGGGUUAUUGGGGGGGGGGGGGCGACACCAUCAAAUGAUACAAACACUUAAGAGCUUGGGGGGGGGGGGGGGGGGGCACAUCCCAUCCCCAAGGGGGGGGGGGGGGGGGGGGGGGGGGGGGGAGUAA